AUGAUGGAGAGGCUUGCGCCUAAUGACCCGAGGGUCCAAUACGAGUCUACCUCUAUCCGGGGCUACAAGUACGCCUACAUUCGCGGUGAGCCGACGACAGAUGCUGCUCCCAAGGGGACCAUUGUUCUUGUCCAUGGCUUUCCGGACUUAUCCUUUGGCUGGCGCCACCAGAUACCCUUUCUUAUGUCUCGAGGCUAUCGCGUGAUCGUGCCCGACAUGCUUGGCUACGGACGAUCAGAUGCGCCCGCGGCCCUGGAGGAGUACACGUUCAAGAAGCUGUCUGGGGACAUCAACGAGCUGGCGCGCAAGUUUGUGGGACCAGAGGGCCAGAUCAUCCUGGGAGGACAUGACUGGGGAGGCGCCGUCGUUUGGAGGACUGCCAUGUGGUACCCCGAACUCAUCAAGGCUGUGUUCAGCGUGUGCACACCGUACCACGCCCCGACGCAGGGCGAGUACCAUUCCCUUCAGACCAUCAUUGACGCUGGACAUUUGCGCAACUUUGCGUAUCAACUUCAGUUCGAGGGCCCCGAGGUCGAGACGCGCUGCCAGGGCAGGGAGAAGGUCAAGCAGUUCCUCAACAGCAUGCACGGCGGGUUUGGUCCCCAGCGCGAGGUUGGCUUCCGCACCGAACAAGGUAUCAUCUUUGAGAACCUGCCCAAGCUGAACAGAAGCGCCCUGCUAUCGGAGGAGGAGCUUGAUCACUACGCAGACCAGUACUGCCUACACCCUGCGCCUGAGCUGCACGCGCCCCUCAACUACUACCGGACGCGGAAGCCUAACUAUGAUGACGAUCGGGUGCUGGCAGAGAAGGGUGUCAAGAUUGAUAUGCCUGCGCUGUUCAUCACUGCCUUGAGAGAUAGCGCGCUGCCGCCACGCAUGUCCGAGGGCAUGGAGCAGUACUGCCCGCAGCUGACGAGGGGCGAGGUGGACGCAUCGCACUGGGCGCUCACUCAGACUGGCGACGAUGUGAACAGACAGAUAGGGGACUGGCUCAAUAAGCUGGAGUUGGUCAAGUCAUCUUUGUAG